AUCAUGUCAAUUUCCAAAAUCCAUGCCCGUUACGUUUACGAUUCUCGUGGAAACCCAACAGUUGAGGUUGAGUUGACCACCGAGAAUGGUUUAUUCAGAAGUAUUGUUCCAUCCGGUGCCUCCACUGGUGCAUCAGAGGCCAUUGAGUUGCGAGAUGGAGACAAGUCCAAAUGGUUAGGUAAGGGGGUCACUAGGGCCGUAUCCAAUGUAAAUGAUAUUAUUGCACCAGCUUUGAUCAAGGCUGGAUUUGAAGUUAGUGAACAAAGAAAAAUUGACCAGUUUUUAUUAAAGUUGGACGGAACUCCCAAUAAACGAAACUUGGGUGCCAAUGCGUUGUUAGGGGUAUCAUUGGCCACCGCUAAGGCUGGUGCCGCAGCCGGCAAGAUUCCCUUGUACCAGUAUAUUGCCCAAUUAUCUGGGUCUAAACAGGAACCGUAUGUUUUACCGGUUCCUUUCCAGAAUGUUUUGAAUGGAGGCACCCACGCCGGGGGGUCUUUGGCGUUCCAAGAGUUUAUGAUUGCACCAACGGGGUUUGACUCGUUUUCGGAGGCGUUGAGGGUAGGAACCGAAGUCUAUCAUACCUUGAAGUCGUUGGCCAAAGAAAAGUAUGGACAAUCUGCCGGUAACGUUGGUGACGAGGGAGGAGUUGCGCCGGACCUUGAAACUGCAGAAGAAGCCCUUGAUUUGAUUGUUGCAGCCAUUGAAAAAGCCGGGUAUAAAGGAUUGGUUAACAUUGCGCUUGAUCCUGCUGCAUCCGAAUUCUACAAAGAAGGUAAAUACGAUUUGGAUUUCAAGAAUCCGAAUUCUGAUAAGUCCAAAUGGUUAACUGGGGAACAGUUGGCUGCGAAAUAUCAACUGUUGAUUGAAAAGUAUCCGAUCAUAUCUCUUGAAGAUCCCUUUGCCGAGGACGACUGGCAGUCUUGGGCGGUUUCGUAUCCCAGCUUGGCCAGCCGAGUUCAGAUUGUAGCUGAUGAUCUAACCGUCACCAAUCCCAUAUUUAUCAAGAAGGCCAUUGAACAAAAAGCUGCCAAUGCUUUAUUAUUGAAGGUGAAUCAGAUCGGAACCCUCACCGAGUCCCUUGACUCUGCAAAACUCGCGUACGCCAACGGCUGGGCCGUCAAGGUGUCCCACCGUUCCGGCGAAACUGAAGAUACCUUCAUUGCCGACUUGGUUGUUGGUUUAAGAACUGGCCAAAUCAAGACGGGGGCACCUGCCAGAUCCGAAAGAUUGGCCAAGUUGAACCAAAUCUUGAGAAUCGAAGAGGAAGUCGGCGGCCCGGGCAAGUACCUCUACGCCGGACUCAAGUUCCAUUCUGCCCACCUGUUGUAGCCCAGCUACUCGUUUGCAAAGUUGUGCACUGUGUGCCUGGUGUUAACACACCUAGUCUCUUUCUAUUCGGUUAAUAUACUACACUAGAAUUAGUAGUGGUAGUAUUAUGUAUCCUGUUUUAUUGGAACCUUUUAUAUCUUUCAUAUAUAUACAUAUCGAAACUUAUAGUCA